UUAAUACAUCUUAGAUUGUGAUAUGAAUACUUGCUGCACAGGUAUUGCUCAUCCCUAUGGAAAAUGUCUUCGCCAGCGCCAAAAUCGCCCGAACUGUCGGAUAAAAGCAAGAAAUAUGAUAGGCAAAUCAGACUUUGGGGCGAGCACGGACAAGCGCUUCUUGAGGCAGCAACAAUCUGCUUGGUCAACGUGACUGCUGUAGGAUGUGAGACAGCCAAAGGCUUGGUGCUGCCCGGUAUAGGCGGGUUCAUGGUGGCGGACGGCAGUACAGUGACUGAGAUGGAUUUAGGGAACAACUUUUUUUUAAAUGCCAGCUACAUAGGAAAAUCAAAAGCCCUCGCCUGCAUGCAACUACUACAAGAGCUAAAUCCAGAUGUCAAUGGCGAAUAUGUGGAUGAGAGCAUUGACUAUAUUUUGGCUAAUCGGCCAAGCUUUUUCGAAAGUUUUGACUUGGUCAUUGCAUCCAAUCUUAAUGAGCAAACUCUGCUGCUUUUGUCAAAUAGACUGUGGGUUUCCAAUGUACCGCUUGUUUAUUGCCGUUCCUUGGGCAUGUUGGGCACUAUACGUAUACAACUAAAGGAGCAUUGCAUUAUUGAAGCGCAUCCUGAUAACCGUCAAUUCGAUUUACGCUUGGAGCAGCCAUUCGAGGCGUUACGUGAGCAUCUAGAAAGCACAGAGGUUACGAGUAAAGUACCGUGGUUGCUGGUUCUUUACAAAUACCUGAAAGCUUGGCAAUCCAAGAAUGGUGGCGGUUGCCAGGCGCCGUCAAAUUACAGGGAAAAAACGGAACUUCGUGAAGUGAUAAGAGCCGAUAUGACAGCCGACGAGGAGAAUUACGAGGAGGCAAUCAAGGCGGUUAAUACAGCAUUUGGAGCUGGUCUAGUACCUCUUAGUCUCAAAGAAAUUUUCGAUGAUGACGCAUGCGAGCAGUUACAUAAAAAGAGUGAUGCCUUUUGGAUCAUGGCCAAGGCUUUAAAGCAUUUUGUGGUGCAAGAGAAUAAAGGUUAUUUACCAGUGCCUGGUGUGCUGCCUGAUAUGACAGCCAAUACAGAUUCCUAUAUAGCUCUGCAGCACAUUUAUAGACAACAGGCGGCGCAAGAUGCCGAUCAUGUUUAUCACAAGUGCCAGGAUUAUCUAAAGGCGUUGGCUUUGCCAAUGGACAGUAUUGAUGAACGCAUAGUUCGUCUGCUUUGUCGUGAGGCUGCGGGGUUGAUUGUUUUACGUGGCACGCGAAUUUCGGAUGAGUAUGAGAAAAGCUGUCGUCUGCAAUCGUUGGUGGAAGACAAUGAACUACAGGGCAGUCUCACUGCUUACAACUUCGCUUUACGCGCCUAUGAGCGCUUCCUAACUGAAUGCGGAAACAUUCCAGGCGAUUGUACUGUGGAGCAGGAUAUUGGACGCUUGAAGAGCAUUGCAAGCAAAAUGUUAGUUGAUUUGGGACUACAUGCGACAAUAAGUGACGACAUAUUGCACGAAAUAUGUCGAUUUGGCGGAGCAGAACUACAUGCAGUUUCCGCAUUUAUAGGAGGUUGCGCAGCUCAGGAGGUGAUCAAAAUACUCACCAAACAAUAUAAGCCUAUUGAUAAUACUUUUAUAUAUAAUGCUAUAAGUACGGAAAGCGUAACUUUAAGGCUGUAGUAAAAAUAAGUGAAUAAAAGAUUUGUUACAUAUCGUGA